CGCGCUCUAACCCGACCCUCCUCACCGGGGUUGAAACCUGGGCGCCUCCAAGAUGCCGGCUUACCACUCUCCCCUCACGGACCCUGACACGAAACUCAUUGGAAACAUGGCACUGUUGCCUAUCAGAAGUCAGUUCAAAGGACCCGCCCCUAGAGAGACAAAAGAUACAGAUAUUGUGACUGAAGCUAUCUAUUACUUCAAGGCCAAUGUCUUCUUCAAAAACUAUGAAAUUAAGAAUGAAGCUGAUAGGACCUUGAUAUAUAUAACCCUCUACAUUUCUGAGUGUUUAAAGAAACCCCAAAAGUGCAAUUCUAAAAGCCAAGGCGAGAAAGAAAUGUAUACACUGGGAAUCACUAAUUUUCCCAUUCCCAGAGAGCCUGGUUUUCCACUUAAUGCAAUUUACGCCAAACCUGCGAACAAACAGGAAGAUGAAGUGAUGAGGACCUGCUUACAACAGCUGAGGCAAGAGACUGGACUGAGACUUUGGGAGAAAGUUUUUAACCCUCAGAAUGAUAAACCCAGCAAGUGGUGGACUUGCUUUUACAACAGCUGAGGCAAGAGACUGGACUGAGACUUUGGGAGAACGUUUUUAACCCUCAGAAUGAUAAACCCAGCAAGUGGUGGACUCGCUUUGUGAAGAGACAAUUCAUGAACAAGAGUCUUUCAGGACCUGGACAGUAAAGGGAGCCUUGGGCAGACACUGUCUCCACAGCUGUGGGCAGCAUUUACAACAAGAUGUACACAGUUCUUUGCCUUUAUUUCGUAAAGUUUUAUACAGAGGAGAGAAGAGAGUGUGUCUUUACUUGAAGAGCUCUUUAUCAAGAAUUUGGGGCUGUGGGGUGGGGAAGAAUGAGUUGUUGAUGGUGAUUUGAAAUUUCUGCAGUAUUAAGCUGGUGCUUAAUGAGUAAUAAUAAAGAAAUUUUCUAACAAAAAAAA